AUGUGCUUGACACUUGCUGCUGGAGGGUGGCAAGCAAAUCUGAUUGUGUAUCUGAUUCAGGAGUUUAAUGUGAAGAGCAUUGAUGCUACUCAGGUGUCAAAUGUUGUCAAUGGUUGCACUAGUUUGUUUCCUAUCAUUGGAGCAAUUAUUGCAGACUCUUUCUUUGGCUGUUUCCCUGUCUUCCUGAUCUCGUCUUAUAUCUCUUUUCUGCUCUGGUUUUUCUUUGCCAUGUAUACAGCGACUGUUACAAGUUCUACUGCCGUUGUCUAUAUUGAGGACAGUGUCAGUUGGGGGUUGGGAUUUGGCCUAACGGCUCUUGUUAAUAUGAUUGGUCUGGUCAUAUUCUCAUCUGGAAUCCAUUUCUAUCAUCGUGAUAAGCCACAAGGUAGCCCAUUUGUGAAUAUAGCUCGUGUUAUUGUUGCUAGUAUCCGGAAAUGGAACGUUAAGCUCUCAUCCAAAAGGGAGGAUUACCAGCAAUGA